GAUACGGGACUUGGGAGGUCUGGGGGCCAACCAGCCCGUGGAACAAGAAAUAGGGAAGAGUACAGGGACCUCGUGGGGCCAGCCCCACACAUGCCCACUAGGCCCCCCUCCCACAGGAGCGGGGACACCGGAGUGAGGCAGUGUCCCUCAGCCAGAAGGAGGUGCCCACCCUGGUGUCCAUGGCCCUUUCCCAGUGCCCGGAAGAUGGCAGUCUCCCCAUGGGGGACCCCAGCCCCUCUGAGGGCACUCCAGGGCCCAGCCAGUCCCCCGCCAGCCCAGCAGCCACCAGGCGGCGGGCGCUCCUCCAGGAGCUCGAGGCCCUGAUGCAGGCAGCCUAUUGGCAGGACCGGGAGCUGCGGCCAGAGGAGAUCGAAGGUAAAGAGUUUGGGGAAGAACCACAGGUUUGGGGGGGUUGGAGGACAAGACGGAGCGGGGAGGAGCUGACGGGCCACGUGCCCACGGAGAUGGAGCUCAUCGCGAUGUCACAGCGAGUCAGCGGCGGGAAGGUGGACUUCGGAGACUUCGUGGAGCUGAUGGGCCCCAAGCUGCUGGCAGAGACAGCGGACAUGAUCGGCGUCAGGGAGCUGCGGGACGCCUUUCGGGAGGUGCGCUCCCUGGGGCUGGAAGGCAGGAUCAGCUUGGGGGAGCUCCGGGCAGCCCUCAAGGCCCUGCUGGGGGAGCCCCUCAGCCCACUGGAGGUGGAUGGGAGACUCCACGACAUUGACCUCAAUGGGGACCGUUUGUCCCAGCUGUUGUGACACUGGCACCCCUGUUUUGAUUUGACACUGCAAGUAACUUACAAAGGAAUAGUGUAUAUGUACAAGAUCCCACAGGGAUGAAAAUACACCUCCUGCUUUCCCUGUCCUCUAGUCACCCCGUUCACCCCUCAGCAGCCAAGCUCUCCGACCGAUUCCUCCUGCAUUUUUCCAGGUGGAGGUAAUUUACUGGGAACCAGUGAUGCUUCUGCGUCCCAAUCCCUUGCUUACCCAGCGACCUAAUUUUGUAUUUGUACUUUCUGUACUUUUUUUCCUAAAAAAGACACCAGAAUUGUACAAUGUCAGAGCCCCCUCAAACCUGAAUUUGCUGUGCUUCCAGCGAUAGGGUCUUCAUAAACAAGCAGGUGUUUACAAAUCCGUCAGCAGUGGUGUCCCCUGGGUCACCCACUGUUCUCUGUCCUGCUUCUUUCUGCCUAAUACCUUGAAAUCAGUGCUUAGGGAGGUGCCUCCCGCUUUUUAGGCACUAUUUUGCAUUCUGUUGUAGAA